AUGGAUGAAGACCAAGGACCACAGUCUAUUGCGCCUGAGCACGCGCCAUCCAAGACAAUUGCUCAACGUUGCAAUGGCCUCGUCAAAGCCUUCACAACCAAGCAUGGUCUAAUUGGCGAUUAUGACUAUGGCUUCCUCUUCCGGCCGAACCUGCCUUUCAUGAAGAAAAGUGUCAACCCAAGUCCUUUCUUUGGACUCAAUGAUAAAAUGCCAGUUCUUCUGGGUUUACUACUGGGUUUUCAACAUGCAUUGGCGAUGUUAGCAGGAGUCAUUACACCACCCAUAAUUAUCAGUGGCAGCGCCAAUCUAUUGCCCGAGCAACAACAAUAUCUUGUCUCGACUGCCCUCAUUGUCUCGGGCAUCUUCUCUGCUGUGCAGAUCACCCGGUUUAGACUGUUUGGUACACAAUACUACCUCGGCACUGGAGUGUUAUCUGUCGUGGGCGUCUCUUUCAGCGUUAUUCCCGUCGCCCAAGGCAGUCUUUCCCAGAUGUACGCCAAUGGCUUCUGUCCUUCUGAUUCUGACGGAAACCCUUUGCCUUGCCCCGAGGGAUAUGGUGCCAUCCUUGGUACCUCGGCCGUGUGCGCUCUUGUCAAUAUUCUCGUUUCUUUCAUCCCCGCCAAGUUCCUGCUGCGAGUACUACCGCCCAUCGUUACAGGCCCUACAGUCAUGCUCAUCGGUAUCAAACUCAUCAAGUCAGGUUUCUCUAACUGGAUGGGCGGUAGCGGAGGUUGUAUGACAGCUACCGAUGGAUUGUUUGCGCUGUGCCCUAACAUCAACGCACCCCAUCCUCUGCCUUGGGGAUCUGCUGAAUUCCUGGGCUUGGGAUUUUCUGUCUUUGUCGCCAUCAUUCUUUGCGAACGAUUUGGUUCGCCUAUCAUGAAAUCCACUUCGGUCGUUAUUGGAUUACUAGUAGGCUGCAUCAUUGCCGCUGCUUGUGGCUACUUUGACCGAUCUGGUAUCGACUCAGCUCCUGUUGCCUCGUUCGCAUGGGUUCACACUUUCCCACUUUCAGUUUAUGGACCACUCGUCCUUCCUCUCAUUGCUGUGUACCUUGUCUGCGCUACUGAAGCCAUCGGCGAUGUCACGGCUACAUGCGAUGUUUCGAAGCUUGAAGUCACUGGAAAGACAUAUGAAUCUCGUAUCCAGGGCGGUAUCCUAGCCGAUGGUCUUGCAGGAUGUAUCGGCGCCUUGAUGACCAUGACCCCUAUGUCCGUCUUCGCUCAGAACAACGGUGUCAUUGUUCUCACCCGCUGUGCUAAUCGCAAAGCUGGUCUCGCUUGCGCCAUGUUUCUGAUCAUUAUGGGCAUUUUUGCAAAGUUCGCUGCGGCUCUCAUCGCCAUCCCUUCAGCCGUCCUUGGUGGCAUGACUACCUUCCUCUUCAGUGCUGUGGCUGUCUCUGGUAUGUCAAUUAUUGUUCGCGGUGUACCAUUCACUCGGCGCAACCGUUUCAUCCUUACUGCCGGCUUCGCCCUGGGAUAUGGUGCGACACUUCUUCCUACUUACUUUGACAACGUCUUUACCUACGAGGGCGACAACCGUUCCCUCCAGGGUUUCUUGGAUGCCAUCGUCCUUAUCAUGGAGACUGGUUUUGCGAUUGCCGCUAUCGUCUGCGUGGUACUGAACCUCACCCUGCCCGAAGAGUUGGGAGACGAAAUCGAUGCCGCUCGAUCAACAACCAACAUUACGAUGCACGAGGAGGCAGAGCAGAACAAGGCCAUUGAGGGUUCAAGUCGAGAUCAUAGUUUUGAUCCCAAAAAGGAGGGUUGA